AUGCCACGCACAGCAUGCGUGACAGCACUCGUGCUGGGGCUUCUUGCAGCCCUCACGGCCACACAAUCGAUGCCAUCGUCGAAUUCGUGCAACUUGACCAAUUACUGCGGGAUUGCGUGCAUGGACCCGGCGAGCGAGGGAUGUUGCAACGGGACGAUUUUCUCGUUGAUGGCUCGCCAAGCUCCUAGCCCUCGCAUGAGUCGCCAGUCGUGCUGCCAGGCAGCGGACGGCACUGCGUAUGUCGCAUCGUCGUGCCCGAUCCUGUAUCGCCCGCCAACUACUCUGAACGCGACGGCGCCGCCCAUCCAAGUGAUUCUUGUCCCACCGUUUGUGAUUGCCAUCAGCUCCAAUGCGUCAAGUCGCAACGGUGGAUCGUCAACCAACGGCACGACCAACACAACGGUGUUGCCGCCUCUCAUGUCCCAGCCAGCUACAAGUGUCCCUGCUCCAUCUACCACUGCGACCGACAAUUCGUCCUCCACCCCGACGACAGCGCCUUCCACGGAGACGACCACGGUGGCUCCUGGCCCCAUGCGCUUGGCGGUAACAACAAAGGCCCCCACGCCAACUGUCAUGCCAAAUGCUGCCGCCAGUCCCAGCGGCAUCCUGACGUGGAGCGUGGCCAUGAUUGCAGUCGCCCUACUUGUAGCGUAGCUAGCAGGAUAGCUACAAAAGUGUCACGAGAUGGUUCGUAAUGUUCUGCCUGGAUCGGUUACAAUAUGAAACUCCUUGUG